CAAGCUCGAGUGGGCAGAGCGAACAGCGAACCAGUCGAGUCCAAGCCACGGUUCACUGAGCUCUCAUAGCCUGUUAUUGACGGGAAGCGCAGGCUGUUCAUGGCUUUACGCCCCGAAUGCUGCUGCUGCUGCUGGAACUAUCACGGAGAAUCGCGCUGGAUCUGCGGGGACGCUUCGAGCUUUCACGUUAUUCUAGAUGUUUUAUCAAAAGCACCAGAGCUUGAGGCAUGUCUUUCCAGGAGGAUACCUUUGUACGAACUAAGACUGGUCAGUAGUGUUUGACAAAGACGUGCGGAUUGAAUCGCAGCAAACGCUUGUUUGUGGAGAAGUGAAAGUGCGCCAACUGAUCUCUUUUCACGCUGGAAAUGUGUAGCGCGUGCUUAGAUCGAUUCACGACUGGCGACAUCAAACUCUCUCAUCUUCGUUCAUGGUAAAAGGAAGAUCUGCCUCCACUGUAAGUGCCCUCGUGAGGAGCAUGUUGUGACCGUCAUGCCUCUAGAGAUGGAGAAGACAGUGACCAAGCUGAUGUACGACUUCCAGAGGAACUCUACAUCCGACGAUGACUCAGGCUGUGCUCUAGAGGAGUAUGCCUGGGUGCCACCCGGACUCAAACCUGAACAGGUACAUCAGUAUUACAGCUCUUUGCCGGAGGAUAAAGUACCAUACGUGAACAGUCCUGGGGAGAAGCAUCGCAUCAAACAGCUUCUGCAUCAACUUCCCCCACAUGACAAUGAGGUGCGAUACUGUAACAGUCUGGAUGAUGAGGAAAAACGAGAGCUGAAGCUCUUCAGCAACCAGAGGAAGAGGGAGAACCUGGGCCGCGGUAACGUCAGGCCCUUCCCGGUGACCAUGACUGGAGCUAUCUGUGAACAGUGUGGGGGACAGAUAAACGGAGGUGACAUUGCCGUCUUUGCGUCACGGGCGGGCCACGGAGUUUGCUGGCACCCACAAUGCUUCGUGUGCAGCAUGUGCGAUGAGCUACUGGUGGAUCUUAUCUACUUCUACCAAGACGGGAAGAUCUUCUGUGGUCGCCACCAUGCUGAGAGACUCAAACCUCGUUGUUCAGCCUGUGAUGAGAUCAUUUUUGCAGAUGAGUGCACAGAGGCAGAGGGCAGGCACUGGCACAUGAAGCACUUUUGCUGUUUCGAGUGCGAGACAGUUCUGGGCGGCCAGCGUUACAUCAUGAAAGAGGGCCGGCCGUACUGCUGCACCUGCUUUGAGUCCCUGUAUGCAGAGUACUGCGAUUCCUGCGGGGAACACAUCGGUAUUGACCAGGGUCAGAUGACAUACGAUGGCCAGCACUGGCAUGCCACCGAGGCCUGUUUUAGCUGUGCUCGCUGUAAGAAGUCCCUGCUCGGUCGUCCUUUUCUACCCAAGCAGGGUCAGAUCUUCUGCUCUCGAGCAUGUAGCAUUGGCGAUGACCAAAACGGCUCUGAUUCCUCAGAUUCUGCAUUCCAGAGCGCCCGUUCUCGUGAGGCCCGGCGCAGCAGCUCCAAAUCCAACAAGAGCAAUAAUGUUGGUAGUGGAGGAGACGGGAACCAGGGAGGAAAAGGUUCAGCUGGGCGUUAUUCUGCUGAUGUUGACCCACUGUCCCUGCAAAUGGACUUGCUUAGCCUGUCCAGUCAAACGCCCAGUCUGAACAGAGAAUCUCCAUCUUGGAAGACGCAGGCUGAGAUGUAUGGGUACGAGAGCCGCAAUGAACUCUCUUCAAACCCUCUGCAUUUGCUUAGUCAAUGCAACAUCCGGACUUCCUAUUCCUCAAAUCUGUCCCCUGGUCACCCAGCAGAUCCAAGGCCCAAGGAGCCUGUGGCCUCCAAGAGACCCCCUGUAUCUGCUCUCAAAGGACAGUCUUUGAAUGAGAACUGGUUCCAACCAGGACCAGAGGACUAUUACCAACCUGCACUGCGAACACAGACGAGCUUUAAAGAGGUUCCACACAACAGCUUCAUGGAUAAGCGCUCAGUGAGCCUGCAUGUAUUCCAGAGGGAGAAGGAGAAGGAUGUUGGACCGCAGAUGGGCCGUAGCAGGAACCCAAUUAGUGCACUUGGCUUUAGCGAACAGCUCACACCACUGGAGCAGACGCCACAUGGCUCUAUGGAGUCACUGGCUCUAUCUAAUGCUACAGGCACCUCUGCAGAUGGCGACAGUAAACGGCAGGAGCAUUUGUCUCGCUUCUCAAUGCCAGACUUGAGCAAAGAUUCUGGCAUGAACGUGUCUGAAAAAAGCAACAUGGGCACCCUCAACUCCUCUGUGCAGUUCCACAGCUCUGAAUCUCUGCGUAGCCUGAACUCCGCACAGCCCUACCUGGAGCUUGAAGCCCCGGUGCAAGUCAAAUACCCUGUGCAAUACCCCCGUGAACCUCCUGGAAUUAAUGCUUUACCGCCUGGAUUUGCCUAUCAGGAGGAGGAUCGCGCAAGUUUGGUAAGCAACGCCAACAACGCCCGUCUACCACCCAUGAGUGAACGGACCCGCCGUAGAAGCAUCGACCACGAAGAGCCACGGCGUCGACACCACCACCAUCGCUCUCGCCGUUCCAGGCGUUCCCGUUCGGAAAACGCACUUAACCUUGCUGCCGAGCGCCGCCCGCCUCCAAAACGAUCUCAACUUCAUGUCCGUGAGGAUUAUGACCAGUUCCCUCCGCCCCGUGGGUCACGGGACCACUACGGAAGUGGAAGUGGCAGGCUGAGACAGCAGCCUUUCAGACCUUGCCCUCGGACAACCUCUGACCUCACGCUUCAAAACCCCGCGCUACACCGACACCAGGGCCCUUAUUCAUGGGACCAGUACGAUUACGAUGACGAUUGGUGCUCGACCUGUUCCUCAUCUUCUGAGUCAGAAGAUGAAGGGUAUUUUCUGGGCGAGCCAAUUCCCAGACCGGUCCAGCUGAGGUACAUGACCAGCGAAGAGCUGCUGCGCAAAUACAACUCUUCAGGACUCGGCGCAUCCGGUCAGUUCGGGAGCCGAGGACAGUUACACACUCGCAAACGUAGGAAAAGCAAGAACUGCAUUAUCUCCUAAAAGUCACAUCUGCAUCACGCACAACCUUGCACAAGAUUUUUUUCCGUCAGUAUAGUUUAAAAGGCUUUUCGGUGUUGUGAGGCUAUCAGUGACUAAUACGCAGUAAUUUAAUUUGUUCAAGGCUCAAUUGCAUAUGCAUGCUUUCUCAUGUGAUAUUUACAAAUUAUUCUGGAUGUUACACUUUUUUUAGGGACUUCUUAAAUUCGCAGCACUGUUGCCACAUUUGUUACAACUAAUGUGCAAUUUUUCGUUAUGUAAUCCAUUCAGGCACAGUGAUGGUUUUUUUUGUAUGGUGUUUGCUUUGGGCUGAAAAUCCCAUUAAUAAGAUGUAUAUAGGCAACUGAAUGAAGAAAUUUACUAAGUUAAGGAUGUAAUGUAAAUUAUCUGUAAAUGAUGUACCACAUAUUUUUAUAUUUUGUAUCAAUAGAAUCAUUUAUGUACUAAGCAAAAUGUAGAGAAAAUAGUAAAGGCAUGCACGUUAAUUUGCUGAUUUUUGUCCUGUAUUGGAAAUUAAAGAGUAUUUCUGUGAGA